AUGACGGAAGCAGGAGGCAUCGUCACAGGAGAGUCGACUUCGACUAGAUGCUUGUUCUUUGAAGGAGAUGACGACUCCGUGUUCGGUGGAUUCCUUGCAAGAAAGCACCAGAAUCACCACCUAGUGGGAAAUGCGACAGGACGAGGAGAGACGAGGAGCCACUUCAAGUCGGGUGCGGGAUGUCCUGAUUGCGGACAGACCCGUCGGCGUGACGCGUCGCGUCGCGGUCACCUGACAUUGUGUCACUAUGAGUCUGGACCGUGCGCGCAGGUUCGAGUUGAGAUGUCCGACAAAGUCUACGAACAGCUAGCUGAAAUUCAUAUCGGGGAGGGCCAGAAGGAGAGAGAGAACGGAGAGCCAGUCGAUCAGCUGAAAGAGUCUAUCACAAUAUUCAGAGAAGUGUAUAGGCUGUUCAAGGCAACGUUGCAAAGCUUGCAUAACGAGCCGGAUUCUUGCAACCUGUCCGUACCUACUGAAAUCCAAUCUUUAUGCGGUUCAGGCCGCAUCCUCCAAUUCUCUGUAGACGAGUUGAUCUGGCCCGAGAGUAGCACCACCCGUUUCCUGAAGCUUGCUCCCGUGCACGACUAUAACCCGAAUGUUGAUAGGCGAAUCGGCGAAUGGGCCAAAUCAAAAACGCAGCCGGGGUUGCAUGUGACGCCCGGCCCCCAGGCUCGGGAAGUGUUACUUCACAUGCAUGACGGCGAUUGGGGAUAAUAUGGGAUGUACGCGCAUGUUGGUACCGCAGUAAUAUCACUUGGAGAACUUGGGAACCUCAUAUCGCC